AUGUCAUCAGCUGUGUGGCUAGUGAUAUUCAUUUACAAGGAAAAUGGUUCUGAUUAUUGUCACCAUCCACCAGGGAAUAUAUUUCAUUUAAGGUUCAACUCUGAAAUGAUGGUCCGUUGUGGUACAGAAAAUAUUUUACGAGAAUGGUACUCGAUCGAUACGUAUCAAAUCGAGAUCCAGGAUAUUGCAACGUGGAGUUUAGAGACAGGAAUCACUAAAAUAGUACCAAAUUUUCUGUACGAAAGAAGAUAUAAUUUACAAGGUUUAAUCAUGAGAGCUGUUAAAGUUAAGGAUUUAUCAUUUAAAAGUAUAAACAAAAGUGGCGAAUUAGACAGUAUGUUCGGUAGAAUAUUGAAAGAACUUUGUCACACUCUGAAUUUUAGUAUCCAUGUUGUCUCAGAAGUAGAAGAAUAUGGAAGGUGGGAUUCGGAAGAAAAGACUUGGACUGGAGGAAUUGCGGAAUUAUAUGCUGGACGUGCUGAUAUUUCUGUUUCAAAUUUUAUUAUUAGUAAUGACAAAAGUAAUGUCGUCGAUUUCACGCAUCCUGUUUUCAAGUACCAGAAUAUUCUCGUUAUUCGAGAACCAACAAAUUUAGCGAUUCAAUGGUCGUCUCAUUUUUUAACAUUUACUCGUUCCGUUUGGACUGCUGUGUUUGGAAUAUUAAUUGUUUCAUCGAUCUUCCUGGUUUUAUGUAAAGUAAAAAGUGGAACCAAUCGAAAAAUAGGAUAUUUAUUGAUCGAUAAUUGUUUGGAGAUUUGGAGUAUAUUUUGCCGACAAGGACUUUCUGGUUGUCUCAAUGUUUCUUGAUUU